AAAGCAAAACCUUCCUGCCGGGCCCCACCUCGUGGCCCGCGCCGUGGAUUUGGGCCCUGCCGGCAGCCGAAGGCGCGUCUCUCCUCCGCCAUGGCAUCGGGUUUGAAAGGCAAGGAAUCCAAAACUUCUGAAAGAACAGCUGCAGUUGCUGGUCAUUCGGUUGGCCUUUUUAAUGAUCAAUUACUGACCACAGUAGUGAAGACUCACUUCCAGGAUAUUAAGAAUGAAAGCAGAGUUGUUGAAAAUGUGAUAUAUCCAACAAGAACCAGGGGAGUUGAAAAUGUGACCUUCAGAGGAAAAAAAGGUACAGAGAAUGUCAACAGAAAACAGGAACACUGUCAGGCAGAAAAGUUUGGACCCUCUCAGUUCACAGACUCUCAUUUCAGUGAAAAGGUCUUCAGCUCUGUAAAAGCUAUCCUUGAUCUUUCUGUUUUUUGGAGUCAAGUCCCUCUAGAAAGUCUGGUAAUGGACCUGAAAAGGAAAAUCCCAACUUUAUGCUUCAGUCCUUUGGAACCCAAUGGAAGAAUCUCCAUCCAAGGAUCGUUUCUGGCUAUGCAGAAGCUCAAAGAAUCUUUGCUAUUAAAAGCAAGUUCUCUUUUAGAGAAAAACAGGAAUUUUAUCAGUAACGAGAAAAGAUGGAAUAAGCAGAACUCCAGAAGGCAGCUCCAGAGAAGUAACUCCUUAGAGUCACUCGGGUCCUCAGUACCUGAGGCCACCAGGAGAGGAGAAACACUUGUUCUUGACACAGAUAUUUUCCUUUACCUCAAAAAGAGCGGAUUUUAUGAAAGCACAUUGAAAAACUGUCAUGUUUCCUGUGAGGAAAGAGUGGAUGGUGCAAUUACCACAAUUUGUAUAAAAAAUGCUCAAGAAUGUUCUCAGCCAAACAAUGCAAAGGUUGUAAAAGCACUUUUUGAGGAAUAUUCACUUGCUCUUCACUUCGAGCUUAGAAAGGAGACACUUACUUUGAAAGGAAAGGAGAGCCGAAAUAAAAGAAAUAUUAAGUUGGCAUGUGAACAACUAAGUUCAAGGUUCCCUCAGGUUCUGAUUAAUUUUUAUGAGACACACAUUGACAUUAUAGGAUCUUCUUCUGACACAAACUUGUUUAAAAAAGAGGUCAUGAAAUUAAUAAGGUUAGACAGGCGAUGAGAUCUUAGCUGUAAUGACAAUGGAAGUUGCUUUUCCUGAGUAGUGACGAUGCUGCGUCUGAUGCUGGCUUUACACACAUGAUCUCAUUUAAUCCUCGCAACCAUCCUUCAGUGUAGGCAUUGCUAUCCUCAUGUUGUAGGGGAAGAACCUAGGACUUGGAGAGGUUAAAACUUUUGUCUGGAGUUAUCCAGUGGGCAAGGAAUGGGACUGGGGUUAAACUCGGCCUAUCUGACUACAAAAUGCUGGCAAAACUCUCUUGAGAAGCUACUUUGAUUGAAAGUACUUCUGAAGCAGGUAAUCAUUACUUGAUAUCUGAUUGGUACGAGGCCGCUGGACCAUAUGGGACAUUUUUAUUGUUGCUUAUUUAGCCUAAGUACAUACAUAAAAUGUUGGUUCUGUUAGAAUUAUGAAGAAUUACAAAGUAUAGUGUCUUUUUUCUUUAUUCCCCCUUAUUUUAUAAUUGUAUGGUUAAAGUAAUAGCAUUUGAGGAAUAAAAUCAUGGGUGUUUACUUAAAGAUGACGGAAGGACUUGAACAUUCAUUGCUGGGGCGCCUGGGUGGCUCAGU